ACGGAAAGGGGCGGGGUGCCUUUCGGAGCUGGGACCUCGUGCCAGGCCUCGUAGGUGGACGGCGGAUCCGACUCGAGCGCUGGCGGUGCGGGAGAUGGCUGAUUCUGAUCCUGGAGAAAGAAACUAUGACAACAUGCUGAAAAUUCUGUCAGACCUGAACAAAGACUUGGAAAAGCUACUAGAAGAGAUGGAGAAAAUCUCAGUGCAAGCCACGUGGAUGGCCUACGACAUGGUGGUGAUGCGCACCAACCCCACACUGGCGGAGUCCAUGCGCCGGCUGGAGGAUGCCUUCCUCAACUGCAAGGAGGAGAUGGAGAAGAACUGGCAAGAGCUACUCAAUGAGACCAAGCGCAAACAGUAGGCCCCCUGCCCAUGCAUGGCCACCAUGCUGCCACCUGCCAGUGUGGAGAAACCCCUGGGGCACAGAGCCCUCUCUGUUUGGCAGAGUAACAGUAACCAUAAUAUAUAGCUGUAUGAACCGUACUUGUUUUUCAAUAAACUUAUUUUUAAGAACAA